UGCUUGGCAGUGAACUCUAGUAAUGGAUUCAUAUUUGACAUUUUCAAUUGAUAUUCAUCAUUCUUAAGCAACAAAAUGUUAUCCGUUUUGUUAAGAAAGAAAUAUUCCACAUAUGUAAAUUUGAGGACGUUCGACGAGAUUCGCCUUUUCUUCGUGAAACAGAAGGGUGCCUCAACCAACUUUAUAACUCUGGUUUCAAGAGGUGCUCAUACUGAUAUCAAAUUUCCCAAUUUCGACAAAUACCGAAAGAAACAUAUAAAAGAUUAUGAAGCUAAAGAAGGUGCCAAAGCUGCCCAGGGAAUAGUAAAUGGUUUGUUUUUGGUCGGGUUCAUUUAUUCCGCAAAAUCAAUAGCGCACUUCUUUAUAAAAUCGAUGUCCAUCACUGCGGAUGUUCAAGCUCUAGCGAAAGUGGAGAUAGAUUUGGCAGAAAUUGCUGAAGGUGGACAUACAACAAUAAAAUGGAGGGGAAAACCCUUAUUCUUGAAACAUCGACUGCCGGACGAGAUAAAAGAUUGCAGAGCAACACCAGUUUCCUCGCUUAGAGAUCCAGAAACUGAUGAGCAAAGGUGUCCAAACCCGGACUGGUUGGUCGUCAUUGGAGUUUGUACUCAUCUGGGAUGUGUGCCUAUACCAAAUGCUGGGGAUUAUUUAGGUGGUUACUAUUGUCCUUGCCAUGGUUCACACUAUGAUGCUGCUGGAAGAAUAAGAAAAGGGCCAGCUCCAACAAAUUUGGAAAUACCCGUACACGAGUUUCAAGCAGAUAACAAACUCGUGGUGGGUUGAUUGUUACAUCUGUUUUUGAAUAAAGAAGAAUCUUCAUGGAACCAAAAACGUUUUAUUUGGAGCUUUAUUACAAACGUACCCA